AUGAGCAAAAGAUCUUUAAGACAACGGCAACAUAAUCCUUAUAUAUCUACUGCUAGUAAUGCUUUAUAUGUGGGAUAUGUCGAAGAUGAUGAAUCUAUCGAUGCUAUCAUGAAGAAAUUUGAAGAGUUGGAACGAAUUCGGGAAGAAAUUGCGGCCUCUAACUCCAAUGAAACUGUCGAUGAUCAUGAUUCUAAUAAUACUACUGUUCAAGAGAAUGGCUUAACGCAAGAACAACUUGAAGAAGUUUUUAGAAGAACUUCUAGUUUCACAGUAAAAUCCGCUACCUUUGCGCCAAAUUUUGAUGAACUUGAUGACCUAGAUUUUUGGCGCGUUGAAUUAGAAGAUGGUAAUACUGCGGAAUACGAGGAAGAAGACGAUUACAUGGCGGUAGAUAAUGACUUUUGGGAUGCUGAAUUUGGAGAUAAAAAACGUAAGCGGAAGAAUGAUAAAUCAUCACCCGAAAGACGACGCGGUUUUGAUCGUGAAAGUAUAUUACAACGAUACAAAAUCAUGCAAGUCAAAUUACAAGAUAGGAACGGCAAUUUUUUUACCGUAAAGAAGAAAGUCAGCAACAUAGAUCCUAGUCUCCCUACAUACAUAAGAAUUCCAUCAUUACCGAUACCACGUUCAUGGGCGCAUACGAUCCUUCCACCGAAAAUUGAAUCAACUUCAAUGGUUCACGGAUCAAGAUAUUAUGAAAAAGAUAUCUUAUCAAUGGACCUUAAAAAGCUUGGACAAGACUUUCAAGCAGUAUAUGCAGAUCCACCUUUUCUAUUACCAGACGAGGAGCCCUCUCCCGGAAAAAUAACUUUACAGCAAUUUGAAAGUCUUAAAUUGUCAGAUAUAGUUCCCAAAGGGUUUCUUUUUAUAUGGGUUGAGAAAGAAUUCAUACCGGAUAUUGUUCAUAUCGCGGAAAAAUGGAAUUUUCGAUAUGUAGAAAAUUUUUGUUGGAUCAAGAAACAUAUUAACAAUCAAAUUUCUCGCGCAUCAUAUCGAUAUUUCAAUAAGUCGAAAUUAUCUCUCCUGAUAUUUCGCAAGGAGGGAGAUAUCGAGUUGCGUCAUCAAAGAAAUCCAGAUUGUGUAUUUGACUUUAUAAAACCCAGGACACCUGAAAUGUUAACUGAAGGGAAGCCAAGGGUCAUGUAUGACGUUAUUGAAACAAUGUUACCUCAAGCCGUUUAUAGUGAACAAAACUCCAAAGGUGAUAAAUUAUUAGAAUUGUAG